AUAAAGCUGAUUGACGUCACCGAGAGGCUGACAGCGUAUUGUGGGCAAGCUGCUCCCGGAAGGGGCCCGGGAACUACGCUUCCCGGCGUCCCUGGCGGCGGAGGCGCUCGGCUACGGGAGCUGGGGAGGGACACGUUCGAACUGACUGCUCUAUUCUGGCGCACCAUGAGGGGGCUGAAGGCCUGGCGGCUGCUAGCAACGCUGCCCGCCCGGGCGCAUCGUUUCGAAGGGCCGGCCCUGAUGUGGGGAAAGGGGGCGGCGGGCGGCGGCACCCGGGCCUGCAGCUCCACGUUGGCCCAGGAUGGCCUCGAGGGCCCGGCGCGCCGGCGCUCCUACUGGCGCUAUGUGCGGCGACUGGUGCAGGGAGCGCCGGAGCCGCCGUACCUGCAUGUGUGCCAGGUCGGGGACCCGGCGCUACGCGCCGUGGCGGCCCCUGUAGAACCAGCGCAGCUGGCGGGGCCCGAGCUGCACAGGCUGGUGCAGCGGCUGGUGCAAGUGAUGCGGAGCCGGCGCUGUGUCGGCCUGAGCGCGCCGCAGCUCGGGGUGCCUCUGCAGGUGCUGGCCCUGGAGUUCCCCGAGGCGCUUUUCCAUGCCUGCGCGCCCCGCCUGAGGGAGUCCCGCCAGAUGGAGCCCUUCCCCCUGCGCGUGUUCGUGAACCCCAGCCUGCGGGUGCUGGACAGCCGCCUGGUUACCUUCCCCGAGGGCUGCGAGAGCGUUGCGGGCUUCCUGGCCUGCGUGCCCCGCUUCCAGGCGGUGCAGAUCUCAGGGCUGGACCCCAGAGGAGAGCAGGUGGUGUGGCAAGCGAGUGGGUGGACAGCACGCAUAAUCCAGCACGAGAUGGACCACUUGCAGGGCUGCCUGUUCAUCGACAAAAUGGACAGCAAGACAUUUACAAACAUCCACUGGAUGGAGGUGAAUGACUAACGCUAUCCUGCUGCAUCGGGGGACUCUGAAAACCAGGUCACAAAACCUUUGGCUUUGAGCUGGGCAUGUCUUGCCUGGCAUUGCCUUGAUAUUGGCUCGGCCCUGACAGAAAAUCACUGUUUUCUGACAAAGCAUGCCAAACUGGGUUGGAGGAAGAUGUUAAAAAUGAUUGCCCCGAAACGAGCUAUGAAAUACUUCCUUCAACUUAGGAAGAAAAAACUCCCGUAAAGGACUGGACAUUUCCUGGCAAUUUUGUAUGGAGACGAGUGGGGCGAUACCACUCUCAGUAAACAUGACUUCCUAAGACCUGUGUAACCUAUUCCCAACGCCAAGAUUUGCUAAUGAUGGAGUCCCAAAAUAUCUGAGGGCUGUGUUUAAAAAUGCAGGUGAAGGCUGUGGUUGACCUUUA